AUGAUGGAAGGCGAUGGAACAACCAUGGUGAGGAUUGAUAGACAAUCAUCAAUAGAAAAUGAGCCAAGGACUCUAACUAUGGAUCAAAUCCAAUAUGCUAGGGAGGCGGCUCUCUGUGUGGUGAACACGAGGAGCAUAGAAGAAGCUUUGAGUAUAUUUACACAGCUGUACGUAAUUGUAGGGUUUAGAGCCGGUGAGGAGUGUGGCAAGACCAAAUGGGGACAUAAUGAUGGAUAUGAGUAG